AAAAAAAAAAAAAAAAAAAAAGACGCAACUCUGUCGCUCUUCGUCCAGGAGGACUAGAAAGAAUCCGACAGGUCAAUGCGACAGGAGGGUGACACGAUGCGAAGCGCUGGCUUGGAGUGUCCCUGUGGCGGGACGUUUGUGGCUAGACGAACCAGGGAUGGCGUGGAUGGUCUUUCCGCAGGCUGACCACGACCCAUCCGACUGUGCGCCCCUGUCGGACGAGACUUGUGUUCCUGCAUCUGGUGCGACCCACCGAGGGCCAGAACCAUUCUCCAGCCGCACGGGAUUCAACGUUCCAGACGGGCUCUUGAUCCAGCGUUAGAUAUUGAACACCUAGCAAAGAGCCUGUGAUUGGUACAAGAUACCACCCGUUUUCCAUCCGGGCACACGCCUUGUGAGUGCUCUGCUCUGAGAGUGGCGGAGGGCUGUAUGGGCUGCUUGUGCUUGGCGAACACGACUUCAGCCUCGAGCCUGCCAACGAACAGAUUUAAUGGUAUGUAGGUAGUAAUGGCAAGAGGGGAAACGAUAUCACCGUCUGCCCGUCAGACACAAUGGUCAGUUGAGUGGGCAAAUACUCCCGUAUACAAAAAUACUUCCGAUUAGAUGAUAUCUAAUAUUAUUAUAUACAAGCCGCUCCGACAUAUCUGUUCAACAAUGCACCGAAGUCUCAACACCACACGUACUGUAUGGCUGUUUCCAAGGACAAGUACUACCUAUGCGGAAAGACUAGAUAUCCUUCAGGCACUAUCAACAGCGCUGGACGCCAGGUCUCGCGCCGGGAUGACCACUUACGGCGCGAGGCUGACGCCUGGACCGCGUGCUGCCCGUGGCGGCUCGGCGCCGAUCCUGGCAGACCCGUCAAAGCGGCCGCCGCUGACCCUGGCCACGCCCUUGCCCGCUUAG